CAUCCUGGGCACGCUUGUGAUCACGCUCGGACUGUUUCGUUCCAUAGACCAGCUGGGGCUGCUGUCAAAGGUGCAGUGGAUCCGUAAGCACGAGAAUUUCAUGAAUUUCACGUGGAUUCUUCACACGGAAAUGUUUUAUUGUGCUUCUCUAUCCAUUUGCGAGGAACUCACCUAAUACGAGGUUGUGUGGUUCUGAUUUAUUCUUGAUUCCGCAACAACUUUAAUCGACUGACACCAUGCCUGUUCUCACUGGUGCACCCAGUCUUAUUAUUGCUUCCCGAGUUCAAGUGUAUCAUUCCUGCUCGGUGGAUUUAACAUGGCAACGAGCGAUUCAUUCAUGCCAAAGAUGUCCUCGAGCGGUACUGGUCGCAAAUAGUGCCGUAACUAUGGCGCCGGUCACUCAGUCAAAUGUGGAACGGACUCAUUCACGUUUCUGUCCUGCUGGGGUACAUAUGAGUACCUGUGUACCAGCCGCCGAGCUGUUUACUUCAACGGCAAAGCAAUCAGCUUCAAAACCACAACAAUCUAACUUUGGCCCACAGAAGGGCGUGCUCAGUCCUAGUGGCCUUAAUCUUGCCCCUUCCGUUUGGGGUCCACCAAACCUGCCAGCUCCAGCUGCCAGCCCACACCAUCCUGUACAUGCUGCACACUUAGCGCGGGCCUCCUGCCCUUCAACCGCCUCCCCUGCUGCGAAUCAUACAACAACUGGCUCUUCCGUGCCUAACCUUGUUUCAACUCAACGCGACAAGGUAAUCGUCCCCAAAACCCCAGAUGCCAAAGUUAGCAUCGACUCUCCAUCUCCUAGUGAGACUGUGUCGGCGCCAACGGAGAAGCCGGAGCUGCCAGUUAUCCCGGAAACUGUUGUGACGCCAUCCAUUGUGAUUGUCCGUGAACCACAAAAGCCGGUAGUUCAAAAUCAUGCUCCCGAUAUCCAGCACUCAGAUGUUAAUUUGAACAAGAGUGCUACUACUCCAGACAGAAAAGGGGUUGACUCAAAUCAUGUGGGUCUUUCUGAUUCCACCACGCCAUCUUCCCCGAUAUCAGAAUCCGAGGGUGCGGCUGAUUUUCGGCCUGCAAAUGAGGCCUCUGCAAAGAAGACCAAAAAGGAAGAUUCCAGUCCAUCAGUCGCGAAGCCGAAGGCAACUUCCUCACCCGAUACUACGCCCCUGGGCCAGAAUCUGAUCCCAACCCAACUAGCAGUCAAAACUGUCGAGGACGAUGUAGACAAUGUUAAGGCAAAUAAAACUUCUACUCGCUCAAUCGAUCGAAACGGAUCGAAGCCGUCAGAUACACCAAAGUCAGUUGUUGUUGGUGUUCAACCAACCCAAAAGAGUGCCGGUACAACUCCAGAUUCAUCCAAGGAUACUCGGGAAUCACACAAAUUCCAAUCAGAAACCACGGUGAACGGAACCGUGAAGACCGGCGGUGGUGGUGUUGGCGAUAUUAGCACAUCCCCCAGCAAACCUAAUAGAGUAUGUAUUGAGCAAACUCGUCUUGGUUCGGGAGAGAUGCCCGUUUCACCAUCACCAAAGCCAUCUGCUCCAAGCCCGCUCCGAUCACCGCAAAAAUCAACUAGAGUUCCGUUCCAUUAUCCGCUUGGAACAACGCGGUUGUCAAAGGACGAUAUCCAGGUGGAGUUGGAACGCGCCAGCCGUGAACUUAAUCGGAUCGUGGAAGGACUACCUCAGGAAUGCAAAAAGUCACCCGAUCCGCUCAUUCCUCAUGCCAGUUUUGGUCAGGUGGCCAAGGCGUUGAAUUGUCCACUGUACUGGAAGUACUUAGUCUACUCGGCUAGUGGUGGAACCACACAACACCAGCCAGUCGCACUGUCCGACGUGCUGAAAAUGUGGAACCAAGUGUUGAACAGUUGUCCGGACGAGGCAGCCCGAUUUGUACACAUGCUAACCAACGGCCGAUCACACUAUCUGGUCCAUUCCGAUUUCAGUCCACUCAUACAGGACAUCCUCGAAAGUCACCCGGGGCUAGCUUUUCUACAGGAAGCUAAAGAUUUUCAUUCUCGCUACGUAGCUACCGUGAUUGCCCGAAUACUGUUCUGCGUGAAUUCCUCGUGGUCUGGGCGCAUCUCGUUGACCGAGUUGCGAAAAAGCAAUUUCCUGUCUGCUUUGGCUAGUCUAGAACAACAGGAUGAUAUCAAUUUGGUCACGCAGUACUUUUCCUACGAACAUUUCUAUGUGAUCUAUUGCAAAUUCUGGGAGCUGGAUGAGGAUCAUGAUUUGAUCAUCAGUCGAUCAGAUUUAGCUAGACACAAUAACUAUGCCAUUUCCGACCGAAUGAUAGAACGGAUUUUCAGUGGAACUGUAACAAGGGGGAGUGCCUUCAAGGAGGGAGUUAUGACCUAUCCUGACUUUGUCUGGUUUCUUCUGGCCGAAGAAGAUAAACGACAUCCUCGGAGUAUCGAAUAUUGGUUCCGUUGUAUGGAUUUGGAUGGCGACGGCUUGCUGUCCAUGUACGAAUUGGAAUACUUCUAUUCCGAACAGGUGGCGCGCAUGGAAGAGAUGGGGAUCGAACCGAUCGCCUUUGAGGACUGUCUUUGUCAGUGCCUGGACAUGGUCAACCCUGCUCUGGGUGAUAAGAUCCGUUUGUCCGACCUGAAGCAGUGCCGACUGUGUCACAUAUUUUUUGACACCUUUUUCAAUUUACCCAAGUACCUGCAGCACGAACAACGCGAUCCAUUCGCCAACCUAAGGGAUAUGGAGGAAGGUCUGAAUGAACUCUCCGAUUGGGAUCGUUAUGCUGCUGAGGCCUACGAAAUGUUGGUGAACAUUGAGGGGCCCAACCAAGAAGAUGGUGUGGACGAGGAUGAGGCAAUGGAUGACGAUCUGGAGGAAGAUGGUGAAGCCGGAGGGUCACCUCCCCCGACACUAGUCGUAAAACCUGAUGUCAGUUCAUAUGCGAAAGAAUCGGCUGUUAAUGCUGCUACAGUUAACAACGAGAACAAUAACAAACCGGAUAGCAAUUGUACGGAGAAUGCGCCGGUGGGACUGACCACGGGAACCGGAGAGUGAAACUACUGAUGUGAGCAACUCUCCAGAAUCCGGAAGAAAGAACAAACGCCGGCGUGGUGGUCUGGUCAACGGCAGUAACUAGGCGGAACAGUCCCAUGUUAUCCCAUUUAGUGAAUCUGCUGGGCCAAACAACCAUCUGCACACAUUCACUUACUACCGGUGUUCAAAUGAUCAGGCUGAAGGAUUACCAUCGACGCGUGAAUUGUUAGGAAAGAUCCGUCUGCAGGGUCUUCCAGCUCCAUACCUUCCGACGCACGGCUUCACCGUAUUCUUUCUCUACACAACACAACACCACAUUUAUUUAUUGCUUUGGAUUUUGCCCAGAAGUGUACAGUGAUCAAAUGUUUUCCCCUUUUCAUUCAUUCUACUGGCGGUCAACAAUUGCCUCAGUUAUCCCAACCAGGCUUGUGGCUAUCCCCUCAGAAUAUCAAAUUGCCAUUUCUCCCCUACUGCGAUCUUGAACGGCUUUGUUUUUCUUGGCUGCAAUAUUCUUCUGUGAUAUCCCUCCUCAAACAGGAACCAGCAACAUAGGCUCAUUUCACAGCUCCCAUACACAUACAUAUGGUCAGCGAGUCUUCCAUAACAACAGUCCUCUCAGCUCGUACUGUUUCAGCUUCUUGGGACGCAUUUUCCUGUGAUUUACGUUCCAGCCUUCAGUGCAAGUUUAGACAGGUCCUCCAGAAGCAUCCCUAUUGGACAACGACUGUCCACUUCCCAUGUACAGUUCUCAAGAGCGUUUUAUGUGGUACAGCUGGCCCCGCAUUCGAUGGGGGUUUUCCAUGACAGACAACCAUCUUGGUCUCCUUUUUAAUUUUCAUCGGGAGGAUGGUCGCCCGUACGCAUAUUCAUUCUUCACCUCGAUACCGUGAUGCUUCCGCGGUAUUCAUCCGCUUCAACCCCCUUUACACAGUCUCUUGUGCCGUCCGGACGCUGCGUUGUUAGUGGACUACGAAACCAAGACGUAGCUGAUUACGCGGAGACUUUCUGUUCGUAAUGUGUGGUUCCGAGUCAUUCGCCCAGUGGAGUCUUUAUUUUCACGUAGGCAAGUCUUGUGUGUACGGCUCGUGUAAACACGUGUUUAUGUAUCUUUUGGUCAUAUCAAUCGGGUGGGCAAUGUCCUUGCCCCCUUAAAAACAUAUGUAUGUAUUACCACUAUCCAAGAAGCAUUCGAACGGAGAUAUAUCUCAU